GAGAAGGCGAGCAACGGCAACGUGGCAGCAACCAGCAGGCAGCCAUGGCUCCGUCCACCUCCACGUCGCCGCUGUCCCGCCUCCUCCUCAGCCUCCCGAAGCCCGGCUCCGCGAGGCACCCCCGCGCCUCUCCCGCGGCGCCGUGCCCGGACGGCUCCAAGAGCCCCGGCGGCGCCGGCCUCGUUCUCCGCCGGCGCGAGGCCGCGGCCGCGGUGCUGUCCGCCGCCGUGCUCUCCCGCUUCCUCCUCCUCCCUGCGGCGGCGGAGGCCGCGGAUGGCGGCGAGUGCCCGCUCGAGGUUGCUCCGUCCGGGCUCGCCUUCUGUGACCUCGUCGUCGGCACCGGCGCCGCCGCCCAGCAGGGCCAGCUCAUCCGGGCGCACUACACGGGGAGGCUGGAGGACGGCACGGUGUUCGACAGCAGCUACAAGCGCGGGAGGCCGCUUGUCUUCCGCGUCGGCGUCGGAGAGGUGAUCAAAGGAUGGGAUCAGGGCAUAGUAGGCGGCGAGGGGAUCCCGCCGAUGCUCGCAGGGGGUCAGCGGACGCUCAAGCUGCCGCCGGCGCUGGCCUACGGCGAGAAGGGGGCGGGGUGCAGAGGCUGGGAACCCACCUCCUGCGUCAUCCCGCCCAACUCCACGCUCCUCUUCGACGUCGAGUACGUCGGCAGAGCCGUCAGCUGAUGAAGAUCCCGAUAGGCCAUCUGAGCUCUCUGCUUAGUGUGGCUUGCUGGCUGUGAUCGUGUCAAGGGAGCCACAGACACGACUCUGUAUUUUCUUUUCUUUUGUGUGUGCUUGGUACAUACUACUAGUUAGUAGUGUACAUGAUCGUGACUCGCCGGUAGAAUUAAGGACAUGAUGAAAUGUGAGACCAAAAUGCAUGCACUGGAAUUCGUCAGGAGCUCCCAA